UGCGGUGCGGGGAAGGGGAGGGCUGUGGGACGAGGAGAUGCGGGGAAGCAGAGCUGGAUCGCGCUGCUUAAGAACCUGACGGCGAGCGGCCGCGCAUGCAGCAGCGCAUCCGGACCGGCGCCCGCACGAGCGAGGCGCGCGAGAGAGCGCCGAGACAGCGGAGCUGCAGCCGUCGGGUGGCUGUCGCGGCAGCGGCGCAGAGGAGCGCGCGCUCGAGGAGGAGGCGCGCCGCACGCCAGGCGUCUGCGCAGAACAGCGGCGCUCGCGGGGCCGAGCAGGCGCGGGCAUCUGCGGCGCUGCAGCAGCAUGCUGCUCGACGGCAUCCGGCGCUUUCGGCGCGCAGCCCGGAGCCCCGCGCUGUCAUGACGCAGCAGCGCAGGCCAAGUGCCUCUCGGCCUUGCUCUUGCAUCUCAGCCUCUCCGCUGCGCUCUGGAGCAGCAUGCAGCCACGCGCUGCAAACACGAGAGAAUGCCGAGCGAGGCACGCUAGGCGAGGCCCUCCGGCCAUCGCACAGCAGCGCCGCUGCGCUGUGCCGUCCUCGCCGCACGCAGCGCAGCUGUGAGCGCAGCAUCAGCAUGCCUCCUGUGUACCGCAUACUAGCUUCUCUCGAUUGGGCCUGCGCCGGCGCGGGCGCCGUGCAUGUGCGGGAUGCAGUAGAGCUCAACACCAUGCGCAGCAUCAUCUGCGCCGCAGUUACGCCCGCCAAGCUGCGGGGUUGGCGCGGCGUACCUGACAGGCCAGCACGCUCGGCCAUGUGCAUGGCCGAUGUACAGCGAGUGUGUCGCGACGGCGGAGGAGCAGCGACGCGGGCGGCGCGUGUGCUGUCCUGCAUCUCUGCCGCUGGGAUCCUGCGGCGGGGACGGAAGUCAGGCGCAUGCGCAGCCUCGGCAUUCUCGUCUGUGCCGCAGCAGCAUCCACGCGGCAGUGCCCGGGCGCCAGGAUCUCCGGCGAUCUCCUUCGGCAAUGUCGCCCUCGUCUCGCCAAGGCAGUGGGCGAGUGGCUUGUCAGGCGCAAGACUGCGGAGAGAGUGCACAGGAGCAGUGCAGCAUGGCGUCAUGCACGCGCGUGCCUCGUCCUGCUGCUCCUGUCGCAUCCUGCCCCAGAUGGACGGCGAUGCAAGAUGCAACUCCUACUCCCCGCCUCGGGUGCUGUGACGCUCAGCAGCACUUUCAGCGGCGUGACCCCGAGGUCGCCUGCGCUCAACAUGCGGGGAACUUGUUCCUCCGCGCAAGUGUUGCUCGGCAGCGCAGGCAUACAGGGUCCGCAUACGACGACAAAGCCGCAGCAGCCGCCACGAGGAACGUCCUUCCAACUCCCGCACUCCCGCGCCUCCUGACACAUGAGAAUUGCGGCCGUUAGCCGCUUCGUCCGGCCGCCACGUGCCUGAGCUAAGGGCAGGGCGGUGCCUGAAGACUGAAGCCACGGCCUCGGUCUUCUCUGCCCUCUCUGCAGGCGACGCUGCGUCCACGCGCUCUCU